AUGGACAGGAAUAAUAUUAGACUCGGCGUAUCUGAGUCAGACUCGCCACCUUCGAGUCCGCACGCGAAUCCCGUACACGUCUCUACAGGAAAGAAUGAUGCCACACAAGAUCGCGCAAGCAUUUCUGCGGAAACAAGCCUAAUUUCGAAGGUCAUAAUCCAUCCAUCAUGUGUGGUGGGAGUUACUCCCUCGUGGGACUUGGCGAAGAAAGCAAUCGAAAAGGUCGAGAAGGAGUUUCCGGAUGACUUACCCUACAUCAUCACGUACGAGAAAAAAUAUCUAGGAAUGACAUGUCAAGAAUGCAGCCAAAUUGUCAAAGUAGGUGCAGAUAUCGCAAAUGUCAGGAAACAUGCGUUUAGCAUCUCUCAUGGUGUCAUGGUCAAACGAAGGCUGAAAUCGAGAGGCCUCAAGGAGGUCUUAACUGGGGAGGUCGAGGUCCGGAAUGACAACAUAAACAAAUCGCAAAAGGAGUUCUCACAACAAAACUUGUCGAAAGAUGGACCCCUGGAAUCACUUGACGAUUUAGAUAGUGAGCGACAACCAUCGAAGCGCCAACGUCUCACGCCUGCUCUCCCUGUGGAAAAUCGUGAUGCCCAAUCUAAAAACUACCAAAUAGCUGUGUCAGUGGCUCAAGCAUCUAAACACAGCGGGGUAUCUCCUGUUGUAUCCGAGACCUCUUCCCAUGAGGCUAGAGUCAGGUUAGCGAGUGUAGAAGGCAAGCUGGAGGAACAGAAGAACAUCACCGAUAAUCUGGCUAAACUUGUGCCGAAUUUGGAGGCCAAGCUGAAGGGACAGAGCGAGAACUCGAGACAAAUGUUCGCGACUAUCGAAAACGGACUGAAGGCACUCAAAACAGAGACUGACAAGUUGAUGACAUCGUUUAAAAAUCCCGGAGGCUUGAUGAACAUGCACGAUGCCACUGAAUUGCAAUACCACAAGAGACAAAUCGAAAAUCUCGAACAGACGAUAUCCACAUAUCGUUCUGAUUUUAAUCAAUCCAUAGAAAUUCAACGAAGUCAAAUUCGAGCCACUGGGGACCGGAUUAUCCUAUCAGAAGGGUUCACACAUGCACUCAAAAGAGAAUUAGACAACUUAGCUCAUAGCACCACAGAUCAAAUAGCUAAUCAUGCUGCAGAAUUGCACAAGAAGCUGGAAGAUUUUACUAGCUGGGUCGAAGAGCAGCACUUAUCACAACAUACAUUAAUUACGAAAGUGGUCGAACAAAAGAUGUACUCAAUUGAACCGAUUAUCGAAAGAGUUAAAAACAUGGAAAGCUCAGGUAAAGAAAAAGAUAUUGAUAGGGACUUCGUUAUUGACAGCUUGGUACUAUCAAGGCAGGUAUUGGAAGCGGAUGUGAGGAUGCUGAAGGAAGAUGAUAAAACUAUGGAGAUGCGUGUCGCAGAUUUGGAGGAGAACAAUAAGAAUCGAGAUUGCAAGGUUGUGGAGCUGGAAAAAAUAUGUGAAAAUUUAGUAAGAUUUGCGAAAAGCCUGCCCCAAAACGGUGUAGGAAUAGUUGCGCGGGGGGGAGGGGGCCAAAACGGUGUAGGGGGCCAAAACGGUGUGGGAGUAGUUGGGUGGGGGCGAGGUGGCCAGAAUGGGCAGGGUGCUGGGGGUCCGCGUUUCUAA